AUGACUGCGAUUCAGCGGGCUUUAAAAACCCAUUUUGGGUUCGAAAAGUUCCGAUCUAAACAGCAGGAAGACGUCGUCAAAGCAGUUGUUGAAGGUGACAGAGAUGUCUUUGUGUGUAUGCCAACUGGUGCAGGGAAAUCUCUGUGCUACCAACUCCCUGCAGUAUUGGCUAGGGGUAUUACCCUUGUCAUAUCCCCUCUUAUAGCUCUCAUUCAGGACCAAGUGGAGCACCUGAGGGCUCUGAACAUUCCAGCAUGUUCUAUAAACUCAAAGCUCCCGGCAGGAGAACGCAGGCUGAUCCUGACUGAUCUGGAGAGCGAAAGUCCUCGUCUCAAACUGCUUUACAUCACACCAGAGAUGGUCGCGUCUCCUUCCUUCCAGCCGUGUCUGAAUUCUCUCUGCGCCAGGGAACUGCUAACCUGCCUGGCCGUGGACGAAGCCCACUGCGUCUCCCAGUGGGGCCACGACUUCAGACCCGACUACCUUAAACUGGGCGAGCUGCGUGCGCGUUUGCCCGGGGUGCCUUGCGUGGCAUUGACUGCCACUGCGCCCAAACGCGUACAGGAAGACAUCGCUCGGUCACUCAGACUGCGUUCGCCGCUCUGUUUCAGCACGCCCGUGUUCCGUAGUAACCUAAAAUAUGACGUGAUAUUUCGAGACCUGUUGCCUGACCCCUACAUUCACCUACAUGCCUUCAUUAAAGGAGCGUUCGGAGAGGAGUCAACAGAUAAGGGCUGUGGGAUUGUGUACUGUCGUACCAGAGAGAGCUGUGAGGACGUAGCUCACAGGCUGACUAAACUGGGCAUUCUGGCCAAGCCGUACCACGCAGGACUGAAGACAGCAGACCGAACAGAGGCGCAGAAUGAGUGGAUGGAGGGGAAAGUGCCAGUCAUAGUGGCUACCAUUAGCUUUGGCAUGGGUGUAGACAAGGCCAGUGUCAGGUUUGUAGCUCACUGGAACCUGGCAAAGUCCUUGGGCAGUUACUAUCAGGAGUCGGGGCGUGCGGGGCGGGAUGGCCUUCCCUCCUCCUGCCGAAUCUACUACUCCCCGCGGGACCGAGACCAGCUCAGCUUCCUCAUCCACAAAGAGGUCGCACGCAAACGGGAGAAACGUGGUUCAGAGAAGGAGCAGGACAAAGCUCCUAUCUUAGACUUUGAAGCCAUGGUGGCAUUUUGUGAACAAGAGGGAUGCCGACAUGCUACAAUCUCAAAGUUUUUCGGGGAUAAGGCGCCAAACUGUGCCGGGGCAUGUGACUACUGCCGCAACCCCAAAGCUGUCCGGGCUCAGCUGGAGCGCGCGGCCGCCCUCAGCACCAGAACCGGACCCGCCCAGAGCAAAAAGCCUUCAGGGCCGUUUGGGUUUGACCCAGAACUGUACGCGGGGGGCAGGAAAGGCUAUGGGUUUGAGAGGUUUGAUGAGGAGAGAGAGGGCUGGACGGAGGAUGACUCUGAGAAGAGAAAGAAGGAGUUUGGGGACUUGUUCAAAAAGCAAAUGGGUUUACGCAAGGUGAGAUGUUUCACCAAAGAGACUUUUGUCCCACCAGGUCCUGACUGUCCACUCAAAGAAGCUGACAGUCAAAGAAUCCCCAGACUUACUGUGAAGGCACGUGAGCACUGCCUAGCCCUCCUGCAGGAAUGCUUGACCAACCACAAGGGGGCAGCAGACAGGUCUCUCAGCUCAGACACACUCUCUGUAGCAGUGGACACAGAACACGAAGUUUUCAGAGCGUGCAAGUCAGCUAACCUGUACAAGGCAGCUGUUCUCAAGAGAGUAGCAGAGCUGAAGAAAGAGGGGUGCUGUGUGCCGGCGCCGACAGUGGACGGGGGUGGAAGUGCACACAACUCUAUUGAGAAAGAGGAGAGGGAGUCUGAAUCUAAGGAUGAAGCUGCACCCUCCUCAUCGUCAUAUCAGAAUGAAGAUCUGCAGGGUUUCACUCCAGCUUCUCAGAUUUACUCACUGAAGAGGAAGAGAGUUGGAGCGGGAUUCCGCGGUUCCUCCAACCCGUUCCAGACGGCCAGCGAACUUCUGAAAGCCUCUCAGAGUGAAGGCCCCUCUCGGCCGGGAGAAUCCCCCUGUGAGGAAGAGGAAGAAAGAGGCACAAAGAGAAAGGCAGAAACAAAGAAGAGCCAAGCUGCAACGGCCGUCACACCCGCCGCUGAAAGCAAAGACAGCGCAUCUACAGCUCCCUCAGCGAGCAGCCCAAACAAGAAAGGUGGAAAAGCACUUAGCAAAAAGCAGCAGAAACUGGCGGAAGCAGCCAAGGCCUCUCACUGCAUUUCUCAGUACUUUAAGAAAAAACAGGCUGACAACAUCCAGAGGGAGGAGGUAUCUGAACUCACAAAGCCUUCAGAUACAAUUCCCUGUGCAGACGCAACUUCCAAACACUCUCCCGCGGACACGAAUUCCGAUGACCCCGUCACAACGGGGAGCGGUGCCAUGGACGUCAGAAACGGUUUCGCAAACUCCAGUGCCGUGGAAAAUCAGGGCAUGGAUGUUAGUCCCGUGGACUCCGGCCCGCCAGCUGGAGAAGUUUCCAGACCGGAGGAUGUUAAACAGGAGCCAAAGGCCGAAACCAAGCAAGAACCUUCAGACAAACCGUGUCAGGACAGCGAGUCAGCCCCCCCUGCUAAACGUAGUCGCCCACUGAUGGAGAACAAGAGGAGAGUGACCUUUAACCCGGUGGUUCAGGAGAGCAGGCUGCAGCCUGUAAUCAGCAGUUCAGAGAAAGCUGUGAUGUUGAAGGAGGCGGCUGAUAUUGUGGUGCGUUGUCUGGAUCCCUUCUACAAACAGGGCAAGUUUGCUACCAAGGAGCUUUUUAAAUCAUUCGCCAAGUUUCUCUCCCACCAUCUGAUCGAUACAAACACUCACGGAAGAGACCAAGUUAAAGCGGAAGCCAAGAAUCUGAUCAAAAAGUUCUUCCGAACUCUGAAACGUUGCGAGAGUGAAGCAGACUGGAUGUACCUGAAAGGAGCAGACAGGACAAACCCUAAAGCGGCAGACAGGACUGAGGGAGAGAGAGAUGGAUAGAGGGAGUGGACACUCCCUGUCUCCUCCCACUGUUCCUAAAGCUGCUCUAAGCCUACCUCAUCUCCUUGAGGGACACUACACUCAGGGACUACGUACCAGAGGGGUCUCUCUACUAUGCUGAAACCUGUGUAGCCCAUAGCCAUGUAUGCAAGAGAGUCCUCAAAGCACCUUAGUUUUAUCUGAGUUGGUCACUGAGUUCAUCAGUGACACAGGCUGGCCACGGUUUACAACUACAGCUCGAUGAAGCUGGUGGUUUAUUGAGGCUUAGCGCAUACUAAUAUUUACUGCUGACAUAGUUGCUUUUAAAGAUAUGAGGAUUCUUAAUCGAGUUUUGUGCCUGUAAACAUUGUGUUACACCACAGAGCAAU